AUGCUCUGGUGGUCGUUGUUCUGGAGGGACAGAGUAGUCACCCUGGGGCUGCGCAAGCCGCUUCAGAUCACAUCUUCCAGUUUCAAUACUGACAUUGAGCCUGUCACCGCACAUGAUCUUGCAGACGAACUGGAUUCCUCUUCCGUUUACGACUGUCGCACCAAGAGACACCUAGCAGAUGUCCUCACUUUCCAAUGCCGUCUGGCUAUCAUCCUGACAGAGACGUUGUCCAUAUGUUAUGGCCCUAACGCUUUCGACUUGACAUACUCACUUGAUAACUUUGACAGAACUUUGGCGAGGAUACGAACGGCUCAGACAGACCUGGAUAAAUGGAGAAAUGAAGCCGAGCAGGUCGUGAAGCCGUUUCUGAGUAGGCCAGAUGUACAUCGCUCCACUACCCUCAUUUCGAGUGUGAUAUACAUAUAUGCCUAUGCUGCUCAAAUAGCGUUGGGAAAUCACGAAGCGAUGAUGAUCGAACAGCGACAGAAAGGCGUGUCAAUACUUGACGACUCUGUGCUACGAGGCAUCGGCAAAGGCAUCAAUAGCGCAACCACUGAGACAACAAAAUUGGUCAGAUUCAUCGUCCAAGAGGGACUAACUCAGCAUCUACCAAUUUCAGCGAUUGCAUACAUUGCCUUUCCCCUCAUGCUCAGCUCUCUCGAUGAGAUAAUGUCACCACGAGAUCGUGGAAGCGGCCAUGAGGAAGUGUUAACGAAAUAUCAUGCUCAAGCUAUGCACUUGUGUAGUCAACGCUUUGAAGGUGCUGUGGAUAUUAGUAGGAUGAUUACACAAAUCGUUCAGUCAACACCACUGCAAUUACCACUUCGCUCAAGACCAACCGAGUCUGAGAGCCCCGCGACUGAAGAUUCAAUGACGCCAAGGGAUUUGACAGGAUACUGGGAUGACUUAUUUGUCACGCGCAACUACAUGAAACUUCGACUGUCGCUCGACUAUGCUCUCAUCACCGGAAGGCCACCCAACUCCACUGACAUUCCGUCUUGGCUUCUCCGAGGCUCUGCGAUCAAGCUAUUCUCAGCUAGCCCAAUGCACAGGCUUUCUGCUAUUACACUCCAUCGGCCACGGAAGCGAAGGGCUUCCGAAGGUGUCACUGACACGCCGGCAGUGAUGGAACUUGGCGAACAGGCGAUGGCAUCUAGGACAGACACAAGUGUUGGUGGAACAGCGCAGUACCAGAUGGCUGUUCAGAAUCAAGGACCCUGUACAAUUUCACGGCCCUUCUUUGACUACGAUACCAUUUGGGCAGCGAGCCUGUUUGAAGAGAUAGCGGAUGAGAUCUGGUCAUGA